AUGAAAGAAGGAGAUAUUGCUUGGUUCAAAAUAUCUAAUGAAUAAAUGUACACCGUUUAAGAAAUUGCUAAUGGUAUCACAGUUUAAAAUUUAGAAAAAUACUUUAAAAUUGAUAUUUUAGAAGUUACUCAACCAGAAGCACCUCUAGAUUUAAAAAAUUUAGAUAAGUAAUUAAUUAAAUAUUAUUUUAAUUGUCUAAAGUAAUUGGAACUAUUUAAAAUUGAAGUUAAUUAAUUUUACUAAAAGUAAAAAUAUUCAAGUGCUCUAUUAAAAUACCAAAAAGGUUUAAACUUUCUUGAAAAAUGGCCUAAAAAAUUGAAGAUAAUCCUGUUGCUAUUGAAAGUAAAAGGAAUUCCUUAUUAGUUUUAUCAAGUAAUAAGGCUUAAUGUUUGAUUAAAUUAUAAGAUUUCAAACAGGCUAUCUCUGUUUUAGAACCUUUAAUUGGCUAAAUGAGAAACAAAGUAAUUAUUUUAAUCUAAUUUAUUAUUAAUAAUAUGAAGUCAAAAAUUACUAUAGGUUAAUAACUUGUCUUAAGGAAAUAGAUGAAUAAGUUAAGGCAGACUUUUAUUUUAGACAGGUUAUCUAUAUUUGUUCAAUAUCACCAAAGGAAUAGAAACUAUUUUAAACUAUUAAAAUUAAGAAAUGA